GUCAGUCUCCGCUGGGCGCUCCGGGGAUCAGCUGGCGGGCGGGCGGGCGCCGAACGCGGCCCCGGCUCUCGCUGCAGCGCCGCCUCUUCUCCGCGUCGCAGGCCGGCCCGGCGGUCGUGACAAUGUUGCAGAGCUGGUAGCUGGGCGCCAGCCGCCGAGCUGUCUCAAGUUUAAACUUACACGAAUCGCUCUCUUGAGGAGGAGGGGACCGGGCGCGAUUGACACGCAUAUUCCUAUAGGCAUCCUCCCUCAGCCCCCACCCCCACGGCCGGAUUCGGGUGGCUCCUCUCCGAGCUGAAAUCCGAGAAGAAAUCCUUGGAUCUCUUGUUUUCUUUAAAAAAAAAAAAAAUCCAGAAACCGUCGGUAUUUUGCUUUACUGCUUCCUAUUCGCAAGAUGAAGAAGUUUUUCGACUCCCGGCGAGAGCAGGGCGGCUCUGGCCUGGGCUCCGGCUCCAGCGGAGGUGGGGGCAGCACCUCGGGCCUGGGCAGUGGCUACAUCGGAAGGGUCUUUGGCAUUGGGCGACAGCAGGUCACUGUGGACGAGGUGUUGGCGGAAGGUGGAUUUGCUAUCGUGUUUCUGGUGAGGACAAGCAAUGGAAUGAAAUGUGCCUUGAAACGCAUGUUUGUCAACAAUGAGCAUGAUCUCCAGGUGUGCAAGAGAGAAAUCCAGAUAAUGAGAGACCUAUCAGGGCACAAGAACAUUGUUGGUUACAUUGACUCCAGUAUCAACAGUGUGAGCAGUGGUGAUGUAUGGGAAGUGCUCAUUCUGAUGGACUUCUGUAGGGGAGGCCAGGUGGUCAACCUGAUGAACCAGCGCCUGCAAACAGGUUUUACGGAGAAUGAAGUGCUUCAGAUAUUUUGUGAUACCUGCGAAGCUGUUGCCCGCCUGCAUCAGUGCAAAACUCCUAUUAUCCACCGUGACCUGAAGGUUGAAAAUAUCCUCUUGCAUGACCGAGGCCACUACGUCCUGUGUGACUUUGGAAGCGCCACCAACAAAUUUCAGAAUCCACAAACUGAGGGAGUCAAUGCAGUAGAAGAUGAGAUUAAGAAAUACACAACGCUGUCCUAUCGAGCACCAGAAAUGGUCAACCUGUACAGUGGCAAAAUCAUCACUACGAAGGCAGACAUUUGGGCUCUUGGAUGUUUGUUGUAUAAAUUAUGCUACUUCACUUUGCCAUUUGGAGAGAGUCAGGUGGCAAUUUGUGAUGGAAACUUCACAAUUCCUGAUAACUCUCGAUAUUCCCAAGACAUGCACUGCCUAAUUAGGUAUAUGUUGGAACCAGACCCUGAUAAAAGGCCGGAUAUUUACCAGGUGUCCUACUUCUCAUUUAAACUACUCAAGAAAGAAUGCCCAAUUCCUAAUGUACAGAACUCUCCCAUUCCUGCAAAGCUUCCUGAGCCAGUGAAAGCCAGUGAGGCAGCUGCAAAAAAGACCCAGCCAAAGGCCAGACUGACAGAUCCCAUUCCCACAACAGAGACUUCAAUUGCACCCCGUCAGAGGCCUAAGGCUGGGCAGACUCAGCCAAACCCAGGAAUCCUUCCUAUCCAGCCAGCCCUGACACCUCGGAAGAGAGCCACGGUUCAGCCCCCACCCCAGGCUGCAGGAUCCAGCAAUCAGCCUGGCCUUUUAGCCAGUGUUCCCCAGCCAAAAACCCAGCCCCAACCCAGCCAGCCUCUACCCCAGUCUCAGCCCAAGCAGCCCCAGCCUCCACCCACCCCACAGCAGACGCCGCCCACUGCGGCCCAGGCUCUGCCCACUGCGGCCCAGGCCACGCCCCAGCACCAGCCGCAACUCUUCCUCCAGCAGCCGCCGCCGCCGCCGCUGCCGCAGCAACCGACCCAGCAGCAACCGCCACCUGCCCAGCAGCCCGCAGGCACGUUUUACCAGCAGCAGCAGCAGGCCCAGGCCCAGCAGUUUCAGGCAGCACACCCAGCCGCCCAGCAGCCGGCCCUCGCCCAGUUCCCGGUGGUGUCUCAAGGCAGCUCCCAGCCGCCGCUGACACAGAACUUCUACCAGCAGCAGCCGCCGCAGCUGGCCGCGAGCUUGCACCAACAACAGCUGCUGACUCAGCAGGCCGCCUUGCCCCAGAAGACCGCCGCAGCGGCCGGACAGCAGCCCCAGGCGCCGCCCGCCGCAGCCCCGCCGGCGCCCGCGGCCCAGGAGCCGGCGCAGAUUCAAGCCCCAGUACGACAACAGCCAAAGGUUCAAACAACCCCACCUCCUGCUGUCCAGGGGCAGAAACUCGGAUCUCUCACUCCUCCGUCAUCCCCCAAGACCCAACGUGCUGGGCACAGACGGAUUCUCAGUGACGUAACCCACAGCGCAGUCUUUGGGGUCCCUGCCAGCAAAUCAACCCAGCUGCUCCAGGCAGCUGCAGCUGAGGCCAGCCUCAAUAAGUCCAAGUCUGCAACCACCACUCCAUCAGGCUCUCCUCGGACCUCCCAGCAAAACGUUUAUAAUGCUUCAGAAGGUUCUACGUGGAAUCCCUUCGAUGAUGACAAUUUCUCCAAACUCACAGCUGAGGAACUGCUGAACAAGGACUUUGCCAAGCUGGGGGAAGGGAAACAUCCUGAGAAGCUUGGAGGCUCCGCUGAGAGUUUGAUCCCAGGAUUUCAACCAACUCAAGGUGAUGCUUUUGCCACUCCCUCGUUUUCUGCUGGAACCGCUGAAAAAAGGAAGGGUGGGCAGACUGUGGAUUCUAGCCUCCCACUUCUCAGUGUAUCUGAUCCUUUCAUUCCUCUUCAAGUACCUGAUGCACCAGAAAAACUAAUUGAGGGACUCAAAUCUCCUGACACUUCUCUCCUGCUCCCUGACCUCUUGCCUAUGACAGACCCUUUUGGUAGCACGUCCGAUGCUAUAAUUGAAAAAGCUGAUGUUGCUGUUGAGAGUCUCAUACCAGGACUGGAGCCCCCAGUGCCCCAGCGCCUUCCAUCUCAGACGGAAUCUGUGACCUCGAACCGCACAGAUUCUCUCACCGGGGAAGAUUCCCUGAUUGAUUGCUCCCUGCUUUCUAACCCUACUACUGACCUUCUGGAAGAGUUUGCCCCCAUAGCGAUCUCUGCUCCAGCCCAUAAAGCUGCAGAAGAUAGUAAUCUCAUCUCAGGUUUUGAUGUCCCUGAGGGCUCGGACAAGGUGGCAGAAGAUGAAUUUGACCCUAUUCCUGUAUUGAUAACCAAAAACCCACAAGGUGGGCACUCUAGAAACAGCAGUGGGAGCUCUGAGUCCAGUCUUCCCAACCUAGCCAGGUCUUUACUGCUGGUGGAUCAGCUCAUAGACCUGUAGCCGUGACCCAGUAGCAGAUGCAGUUCUGUAACCUUCACACCGUAAUAAACGUUUUCAUUACGGAGUUAUAAGAGAAAUGAUUUUUUAAAAAAUCUGCUAAUAAGGGGCCCUCUAGCCCUUAUCUCCUAUCCCUUGCCUUCUCCUGUAGAAAUGAUAAGGAAAGAAAAUCACUUUGGCCCUCCAGAUAUUCCUUGGCCAGUUCCUCCCUAUUAGUUUGCUGUGUUUUUCUCAUUACCCUUCUUCAAUAGCAUUAUCUUAAAUCAAGCGCUAGAUGCCAUGAGCUUCACCUCUGCUGGAAUCAACUCCACCCAAAGCUUAAUUGUAACUGAAACUAGUGAAUUGACACCUUUGUCUCAUUCUCGCUAGGAAUGGCCUCCCAAACCAAUCCUCCCAGCCCCUGUCUCCUUUGGCCAGAUGCUGAUGAAUGUGUUUCUCUGUUUUUGCUUUUUAUGCUGCUGCAUUAUCAUGAGGACAUGGCUUCUUCAGUUGGUCUUAACUCUAGGCUGUAGCCUAGAGAUGGGUGUGUGACUUAAGAGAGGGUAAAACUGACUGACGGAUGGGAUAUGUUUGAAAAGAGAAAUUGAGCCCAGCUCUAGCCAACCAGCUUUGACCUUGUUUGAUUCAUAGACUUAGCCAAGGGAUUUUACACCCCAUGCAACCUGCCCAGCAUUCAUCCAGCAUUCUGGCUCCCAUUGAACCGUGAUUUCUCAGAUCUGGAGACGUGACUGCAAGUACUUGAGAUCCUUGGAUAAAAUGUGUACAUUAUAUAAAACCCAAGUAUUGCCAUUCCUUUUCAUGUUAACUGUCCUGAGCCGGGAUCUCAGAAUUAGACCAAAACAAGACAAUGGUGGUAAUAUGAUACCUUUUAUUAGAAGACUUUUCACUGGGGGGUGGAUGGGGGAGGGGAAGGAAUUGUAGCAGAAACAGAUGUAUUUUUCUUGUGAUUUUUAUUUUGAAUCAAAUAUUGUAAAUUGUGUAUAAAUGAAGACGCUGAAUAGUUCUGUUUCCACUUGGCGUUUCAAGUCUGAUAUCAGGUGUCUGUACAGGGUUUUGAUCUCUUUCCCUUGUGUUAACUACACAGCAAUCCUACAGUGUAACAUAUGGAAUCAUUUUGAGUAGACUUGUGUGUUGCUAUACGCUUUCAGCAGGUCCUCUGUCUUUGUGUAGAAUAAGCAUGUUGUUUAUUUUCAGAUAAUCAGAAAUAAGUGUGCUGACAAGCUAGGCACAAUUUGAUUCUGGCUACUUACCUUUCUUUCUCUCUGAUGUUUGAAUUGAAGGAUGCAGCCAAUGAAAUAUGCUCAGUUGGUUUUCCUUGGCUUCCUAGAUUAAAAAAACAAAGCAUAGUUCCUCACUAACCUUAGAAUAUUGUUCAUAAAAUAAAUAAAGGACCCUGCACUGACAUGACAACAUGCCUCAUGGUCACCCUCUGUAUAUGUCCUUACUUGUUGAAGUGUAUUUUUUUUUUUCCUUACAUAGAAAGCAAUUUUAUAAAAUUGCCCUUUUGAAAAGUGGUGGGCACAGAGAAACCCAUUGUGGUUCUCUUCCUUGAGUGCCAUUUUCCAUGAUCAGAAGGGGAAACUCUUAAUUGAUCAGAUUUGUACAAAUAAAAUUCCAAGCUCAUUUGUUUGUUUCUCUGUCUAGUACUUUUGUUUCUUCUUCCUCACGUUUGCACUUUAAGGGGGAAAAAAAAAGAAAGUUGAGCAGCAACAACAGCCUGCAAAACUCUGCACUUUGGAGGUCAAGCUUUGACCCCAGAAAUGUGAGAGCAGCCUUUGAAAGGCAGCGGAGGAAAAGUCUGAAUCGUUCAGUCUUCCUUCUGACUUUAAAUACUUCCUGUGGCAGCUGAAACUAGCUGAGCUAAGUAAAGCCCUCUAUUAGGAUAAUGGAUCAUUUCCAAAAUUGAGGGAGGCACAACCUUCCUGCUGAAGAUAAAAAAAGAUGUCCUUGAAGAGCUCUCCAUGAUUGGAUAGCAGUGAAAAUGGGACUCGGUUUGCCCCUUUAUGGACAGGAAUAUUACUGAAGAUCAAAACUGUAUUCUUUUUCCUGGACAUAGAAAGAAUGUAUAAACUAAUGAAGGAAAUGUUUAUUUUUAAAUAAGAACAAUGUUUUAUGCCUAUGUUUUCCAAUUUGGUUUUUUUUCAUACAUAUGCAUGUUAGAAAUAUAACGAAACAUCUAGUUUCUCAAUAUAAUUGAAGAAGUGAAGAGUACAGUUUAGAAAUUUGGUAUCUCUAAAUUGUUCCUUUCAUGUAUUAACCCAUAAUCACAUUGAGAUAUAUUCUCUAGUCAUCUGGCUCAAUAAAGCUUAAUGGAGACUGUUAAUGAAAAUGAACAGAAUAGAAGCCAGAGACUGGUUGGAGGAAGUCUGAGAGAGAUAAUGACAUGAAAUCAUCUUGGGUUUACUCUUUAGGAAUAGGACCUCAAAGGGGAGAACUCUCUUUCUGUUAAGUUAAGGAAUCCAUGUGAGUGACUCGGUAAAUGGGACCUCCCUUAGUUUAUAGCUUCAUCCCUGAGCUUAAAGGGUUGAUUUGAUAUGACACUAGACACACUACAGUGUCUGAUAAUUGGUAGACAUAGGAAACUCAAGACUGAGCCACAGGCGGGAUCAGAGAGACCAGUCUCUAGUCCAUCCACUUUAUCUCACAGGCGUGGGGCCUGAGGCCAGGCCGUGGGACAAGAGGCCUGGGCAGGACAGGCCACCUGGGGUCUCUCCCUGAACUUUGCCAGUCACCGGCCAAGUAGCCAUCCGCAGGCGCUUCCCUUCUAAGAGCGGUUGUUCCUUAUGUAUAACAAUGAUGAGUUCAGACUAGAUGGUCUUUAAGCUUAUGGAAUUCUAGAGUUCUACGUACAUAUUAUUGUGCUUUGGAAGGACUAUGAAGGAUCUGUAUAAUCCUGAUGUUCUUCGGCUAUCUUCUGUUACUGGAACAGUAUUUACAUUUUAGAGAAUUGUAAUGGGCCUUUACUAACUUGGGUGGCUCUUUCUUGGUUAUCUGAAGAGAAGCCUACAUUAUUGGACAGUUUUGGACAUAGAUUUUUCUUUCAAAUAUCUAGAUACCGUUUUUUCUUUUUUAAAUGGCCCUACCUAUUCUAACAAAACAGUAUCAGAAGACUUCAAUUCUUUUAAAAUAUAUAAUCAGUGAUCUGGCACUUAAAAAUGGGCAGAUACUAUAAGCAUAUGUUUCUGAUUUGCUUUAAUCCAACUGUGCAAGAGUAGUAACUAUACCAGAACACAUCACAAUUUUUUUUUCCCUUACAGCAUUCAAAUAACUAGAUCACCAAAUUUAAGUCCCAGUAUUUUUAAAGACAUAGGCCUCAGAGGAGAUAAGGUUUAAAUGGACACUUCUAACUACGAUCAUAAUGAGUUCUUUAGCAGACAUAUCAGAAUUUUGGCCGCUCAUUGAGUGUUGUUCCCUUCAAAGGCAUCUGGUUUUACUUGGGGAGCUAAUACUUACUCUAGUGAUGCUGCCUUCACUUAAGUUAAUUCUGAAACUACCCCCCCUCCUUAGAAAUACCAUCAAGGACAGUAAUCAGGUGUAAGAAGAUCCGUUGAAUUAUUAUCUAAUUAGUAUUGCUUUCAGUACCUGGAAUUAUGUUCUCUUUCUUGAUCUUUUCCCAUGACUCCUGGUUCUGAGUCCCAUUUCGCUGUUUCCAAAAAGGGAAAUCACCCCCCCCCAUGAAGCAUGGUUACUAUUAAAGACAGUAAAAGGAAUAAUCCACAGAAAAUUCCCAGAGAGGAACUUAUAAUAGAAAGUGACAACAAUCAGUCUUAAUUUCCUUACUAUUCUGAAUAAGGGAACUUCCAUAAUUUCACCUGUUUUUGGUAGUUUAGAAAAUGGAAAGAGGCAGAUUUUAAAAUAAUCUCUGAAAGAAGUUGUCGCUGUGUCCAGUGUCAUUUGAUACUGGACUUGGCUCUUCUUCAAUCAGAAUUAUAGAACUUGGAUUGCUAAUAAUUAUAGGGGAACAAACUCAAGAAGAACCUGUUUUUCUCAAGAUGAAAUUUUAGUUUUGUUUAUAAUACUUUUUUCCCCUGCUCUCCUGGCAGGUAAUUGAUCAUUUUGAUUCGAACUAACACAGUUUUCCCCAGGUCAGGAACAGUCUGCCUUCAGCAAUUUUAGAGGAAGGAGAAGACCUUUGGGGUUGACCUCAGCCCAGAAGUGUAGAGGGAUCUGAGUUUAGCUGAAUAAAUGCACACUGUAGAUACCUUGGGCCAAAGUAAAGUCUCCCAUGAUGAUGUUUGUCUCAAUUUCCAGGAGUCUUUAACUUUCUCUGGCUGUAACAUUACCAGGACCAUGUAGCCACUAACUUAGAGUUUAGGGACAAAAAUGACAGGAUUGCCCAAAGUACAAAAUUAAGCAAAUUAGAGGCUGCCGGGCAGAACAGAGAAACUAUCAGAGGGAUAUUUAAAAUGAAAUCUUUACAGAAACACUCCAGAUAAUACAAAGCUAUCUUUUAUUCCUCUCUAGAGACUAUAAUUUUACCAACACAAAGUUAUCUUUUCGUUUUCCACACUAGUCAUGUUCCUGAAGUUGGAUGUACUUGGGUUUCUUGAGUCAAAAUGAAUCCCAGAUGGCCUCCGUUUCAAAUAAUCUGUAACAAGAUACUACUUUGUUUAUCCUGGGUUUCCGGUCACUAAGGUGGAGGAGGGAGGUUCUUUGGGUAAUGCUAACUUAUGCCAAGUUACCAAAUGGUGGUGGUUACUUGAAUGGAAGACACUGUCUUGGUUCCCACUUUGAUGUAGUGUCCUGACUUUACUCUUUUUCCUGUGAGUAUUCUACUCCACCCUAUUGCACAGCCCCUUGUCACAUGGAUGUAUAUUUACCACAGGUCUUUAUCAUGUCCUCCCCAAGAAGACAAAGCAAACAGAGGUACACGAAGCUACCUUAUACAGUAAAAAUAUGAAAUUUAAACAUUGCUAUGCCAGUAUUGUAUUAAAAAAAAAGUCUGUAAACAAUUUAUUAUGUAAACAUACAGGGGAAUAAAGACUUAUCUGUUCAAACAGGAGCCUGAUGUUCACAGAUGUAAAUAACUUACAGUAGCUGCCGCUUUCCUGAUCCGAAAACCCACUUGUGCUAAAAGGACUUAAACCCACUGUUGAGUGACAGUCUCCAGAGAGAGCCCAAUCCCUGUCCUGUAAUAACUGUAGAGCACUUUAAAGAUUCAGCCAGUGUUAAAGGC